GGUCCUGGGCAACCAGCUCUAGGUGGCCCUGCUUAAUUAUGGGGCUGGACAAGAUGACGUCUGAAGGUUUCUUCCAACCUCAGCCAUUCUGUGGUUCUGUGAUUUCCUUUCCAUUUCCAGGACUGGUGUUUCAGGAAACACUCGAGAAAAUCUGACUCUUCUCUGGCUUAAAAGGGUGAUGCCAACACCGCCUUUGUGCUGGCUGCCUCUUCUAACCAGCCGCGGGUAAGGACUUAGAAGAAAAGAAAACAAGGAGGCUAUGUUCAGCUUCUUCCGAAAAAGUCAAGAUUCAAAGAAGGUUACAGUGCCAGAGAGAGAAGCAGAUGGAUUUGUUAUUGUGGGUGACACAAUUGAUGAUCAAAGUACAGAGUCAAAGGACAAAACUUCAUUUCCGGAGACCAGACCGAUGUACAACCAACCUCCACAGAUAAAUACAGGGCACCGAUCGCAGUUGACUGUAUCAAGUGCAGAGGUGGGAAAUGAAAGGAGUCAAAAUUUGGAAAGCAGCCCUUUCAUGUCAGAUCUUCUGAGUGACGUACCCUUUGCCCUAGCACCACAUGUGUUAGCAGUACAGGGCACCCAUAAUGACGUUCCUGACCGAUUGCUCACCUACGACAUCAAUGAUAAUUUAUCAAGAUUUUGGUAUGACUUUACACUUGAAAAUUCAGUGCUUUGUGAUCCGUAAUGUUUUCUUUUAUUUUUUUGUGUCUGUGUCAAGGAACAAGUCUUAAGGUGAAGAUAGAGACUUACUUUAAUUGACUUAAUAUUUUGGGGGCCUGCCACUGGUAUACCAGAUGCAUUCACAACUGUGUUAUAUUUCUUAGCUUUAAGUGAACUGUAACUUACUGUGUUAAAUAAAUGUGUUUAUCUCCAAAGAAAUCAAGCAAAACUGUUUCAGCCUGAGUAGCCUGUUGGUAUCUACUUCCAGUAGGUAGGCUGCAGACACAAACAUUUCAUAACUUUAAGGUGAAGUCUACGCAUGUCUACACUGUUUUGUUAUUUCACUCAGGUACUAAACACAUAGAUCCUGUUACGCAUGUUUCUUUUAAGAUCACCUCUGAUUUUCUACAGAUAGAAACCAGUAUUAGCGCUAAAGCAAGGCUGCUUUGCACUACUGGACAGACAGCUUUCCAGUUAAACCAAGUUUUAAAGCUCAGAGUUAAUGAUGAGAACUUAAAUAAUUAUGAAGGCAUAAUAGAAUUGGUUAAACUUACCAAUUCCAAAGUGAAAAUCAGUUGCUCUGCUCCCUUUCCAGUAGAUGGUAUUUUUGUCCAUCUCAUUUUGUGCCUGGAAAAGUCCUCCCCGCCUGCCUGUUGGCUGCUGUUUGUUCUCAUUACCACAUGUGUUCCUGAUUUAUACAUAGAUCAGCUUUUCCAUUUUAACCUCUCUGCCCCCUGAAGAAGGAAAUCUCAGGACACGUACUUUUAAUGGUCACACCCUUCUUUUUUUAAUUUGUGUGCCAGGGAUACAGAUGGCAAUGUUUAACAACAGGAAAACAUUACAUUGUUUCUUAUCCAGCCAAAUUAAAUGGCUAAGUACCUAAACAUGCAUUCUCACAGACCACUGUGUCCCCCGCUCACAAGUUUUGAGCGUGUUUUUCCCGACUAAAACCAGAGCUGCUGUUGCAUGAGCAACAGCUCUCUGAUGUAACAUCGUGAUUUGUGAUGAAUAAUGAUCUGUGUCACACAAAAGACUACACUUGUUUUCUCUCUUGGGGUAGAAUAUUUAUAGUGUGCCAAAUGUUAGUGGAUAUUUUCAUACAUUUUCUAUGCUCUGUGAUAGCUGAAAAUACAUCUAUUUUCAAACUUGUGUCUUCUUACAGUAUUUGAGAUAGAUACUGUAAAUGAUGAAGAAAUUACAUUGUGAAUAUGUCUUAGGUUGUUAAAUAUUCAUGUUUUUGAUUUUUUUAAAUGUAUGUAUUUAAUAUUUUUGGUAGCUGUGUUCAUAAAUGGUUUGAAGUUAUUGUUUCAGGGAAAGUAUCUGUGCUGCACUCCAAUAAAAAAAUGCUAAGUAAUAGUGAGUUAUUUUUUAUGUGUGAGAGUAAUUGCUUGGCUUCACCUGUAUUGUUUACUAUAGCUGUGAUCAUGCGGACUUCAUGGGAGCUUGAACUUGGAAAUUCAGUUCAGAAACCUUUUCAGUAUCACUUAAAAAUCAGGGUCCUUCUAAUCAAAUAUAUCACACCUUCAUCUGCUGUAUUCUGUAUACUGGGUUGGUGACUUGUGGUGGUUUAGGUGGCAUCCAUGACACUGCUCUGAGGAUAGCAUGGCUGUGAGCUGGGAAGUACUUGGACCUCUUAGAAGGAAGAAUUAAUUUUACCAAGUUCUUUAGAACUGUUUUGUGUGCUGAGUUUUCUGGUUAACACGUACCUGAAGCACUAAAUUU